GAUCAGCUCACCUCUCAUGCAUGCAGGAAAAUGGAACAGUUAACGGGAGGCAAGUCAGACCCUGACGGUGAGAAUGGGAGAGGAACAGAGGAUGUUGUCAGGCUGUUCUCUCAGAGAUAAAUAAUUUGCCAUAUUUGGACAUGAAUAUACCCCACCUACUGCUAUAUAGCCUGAGAGGAGUCAGCUUGGCACAUGCUAUUGAGACCUACGCCUCCCCAAAAGCAUCCUGCAUCUCUCAAGCGAAAGGACUCUCCAGAAUGGGAAGGAACUGGAUGGUUAUCUGUUGGAUGGCUAUGCUUUUGCUGAUGCUAUGUAGCGAUGUCACCCUUUGUAGGAGGGGCUCAUCGGGUAAGAAAGCCAACAAGAAUAAAAAUCUGCCCCCCAAUAACAAGCCUAACUCAAUCAAAACAGAGCCUGUGAAGAUUCCAGGAACUCUGUGUUAUACUGGUCAAUUGCUCGACAUCAAACUAGAGCCUGAAGAUGCCAAAUAUUAUGCCAACAACUUUAAAAAGUUUCCUGAUUGUGUUUAUUACCCAAGGUGCUUCCAGUCUCUACAGCUGAACACAACCAAGGACAUGUUGGCUAGCGAGUGCUUUAACGUUACAGUGAGUCUGACUGAAAACAAACUGGACUUAUCUGAAGGAAAGAAUACCACCAAUACAUAUGCCAGGAUCAUGGGGCAUGUGAUAAACCACUUGUGUGCAAAUGGAUUCUGCUGCCAAUCCUGCAGCCUAUCGCUGUCAAUCCACAGUGCCUUUCAUCAGUUAGUAAUGCUUUGCCUUAUGCAUUUUAUUUCUCUUACCGUGCAAUGAACUUGCAGCGAAAGCUACUGAUUUACUGUCAGCAAGGAAGUGCCUGUCAGUAACUAUUUAGCUUUUAUGCUUUGUGUAUGUUAAACUUCCAUAAUUCUUUUAUUGUUUUUACCAAAAUCCUUUGUGUGAUUUAUCUGUUAAACUGGAUGUUUGUUUUAAACUGGGCUAUGUAUGUUCAA